AUGUAUCCCCCCCAGUCCAUCGACCCCCGCGCCGGCAUCCUCAGCUUUGCCGCCCGGCCCAGCCUGCUCGACCCGGCCCCCGCCCCUGGGCCUCCGACGACGCACCACCACCGGAGCUCGUCGCUGAGUGCGCUCGUCCGACGGAGCUCGACGCGGCGGCGGUCUGGGCUGGUUCCCGGGCGCCAGCAGAGCACGACGACGGCAGCCGAGCUGGCGGCGACGGUGAGCCGCGGGCGGGCAGGGAUGGACGAGCCGAGCAGCGAGCACGCCCCGCUGCUCGCCCUGCCCAUCAUCCAGCCGCGCCCGAGCUCCGCCUGGCACUCCGCCUACGACCUCGACCGGCGCUCGUUCCGGGUCAGCCUCGCCCAGCCGCGCCAGCAGGUCACCAGUCUGCUCGCCCUCAGCUCCAUCCCGCGCCCCCUCACCCCGCCCUUCGACGACGAGCGCGAGAGCUCCGCCAGCGCCAUCCUCGCCGCCACCCGCACCGCCAUCGAGGAGGAGGCCAUCCAGGCCGCCAUCGCCGCCUCCCUCCAGCCGGACCCCCGCCAGGCCUGCUGGGCCGACCAUCGCCGGGCAGCCCACCCGCAUCGGAGGGACAGCACCGCCGCCCACUCAGACGAGCCGCGCCCACGCCCACAGACGACGAUCGAGCUCGGGUUCUGGUCCGAGGGCGCCCGGACGGCGCGCAGGAUGCUCGACGAGGCCCCGCCGCCGUGCUCGGCCGGCAUGGCCGGGACUCCCACCCGGGAAGCCGCCGCCAGGAACAGCAGUGCACAGCAGCGCCUGCUCGAGGGCCAGCUGCGCCUCCACCAGCACCCCGCCACCCAGAUCCACCGCAUCAGGACAUCCCCCUCCUCAUCCUCAUCCUCAUCCUCAUCCUCAGACGACGACGACGACGACCGCUCCGCCGACUCAGAGUCAGACGACGGGCCCUACUCCUCCCCCAACACCUCCCCAGACUCGCCCCGCCUGCCCAGCCUCUGCGCCCCCGCACCGCCAGCAGGACCCCCGCCCAGUGAGACCCACCAGCAGCCUCCCCUCCCCCUGCCCAGAUUGACCACCCCGUCAUCCCUGUCCACCCGCAGCCUCGCCUCGCCCGAACUGAGCCCAGCCAUGCUGUCCCAGCUGCGCGCCUCCCUCCAGCCCAGCCUCCCCAAGCCCCGCCCGGACAUCGCCGAGCCCCUCGACAGCCCAGAGGACGCCCGCCACCAGCUCUCGCCCGGCCCGCUCUCCCACACCCUCUCGCCCUCCUCGAUGAGCCACGCCAGCCUCAGCCCCGUCUCGCCCGGCUUCCACGCCGCCUCCGACACCACCAACCCCAUCGCCGCCUCGCCCAGCUCCGCCUCCUGGCCCCUCCCUGCCAAGCCCGCACCCAUGCCCGCGGAGACCUUUGUCAUCGUGCGCCCCCCGCCCGGCAAGCACAACCACCCUCUGAACCUCCAGAUCCAGCUCGUCCUCCCUGCUCCCAUCCACCCCAGCCGCGACCCCAGCCUCUCCACCCCCAGCGCAACCAGCCCCACCCACCCACACCCGCCGCCCCAGAUCUUCGCCGGGGGGCCGGUCUCCGCCGCCCCCGAAUCCUUCGACUCCCACGACCACCACUCCCUCGCCCUCAACCGCACCCAGAGCAUCAGAUCCGCCCACUCCACCCGCUCCUCCCGCAGCAACCGCACCACCAGCUCGGCCAGCGAAGGCCGCAACCGCCGCGUCACCCCGCUCUACAACCUCCAGUGGCACACCGUCUUGCCCACCUGGAUCAGCGACGCCGGCACGGACGCCAAAGUGGCCAAGUUCGCCAAGAAAGGCAUCGAGCUCGUCGACCUUGCGAGCAUCGAGCCGAGCGAGAUCCGGAGCGCCCGGUACGCGGCCGACCUUGCCCUACUUUUGGCCGGAGGCGCGCCGACGAGUCCGCCUGCGCAGACGACCACCUUCCAGGUCUCGCCGGCGCCGUCGAGUGCGUGUCUGGCUUCGACGGCGGGGAAGCCGGAGGGGCGGCCGAACGCGGCGGCGCUGUUCAACAAGGUGAAGCGGAUGAGCGUGUUCAGCAAGAAGACUGGGCCGAAAGCGACUGAGGCCGGGCCGGCGGGCGGGGCGAAGAAGGGCGGCGACGGCCGGACGGGCAGCCACAGCGACCUGCCCUCGACCAACGCCGGGCUGUCCUCGGUCGGCCCCGCCAUGGAUGCCGAGGGCAGGAGGGCCGAGGGGUACGUGUGGGUCGUCCGCAAGUGGGCCAAGCCCGAGGUGGUCGACUGGCUCGCCGGCGCGCCCAACAACGCCGCCGUCUCCGCGGUCUAUCUCGAGUGGCGAAGGGCGAAGAAGCGCGCAAGGGCCCCCGCCAAGCCCAAGCAUCCCGCCGCACUCUCUCCCCCCGCCGUCCCGCCUCCCCCUCCGCCGCCCGCCCCGCCCGCCGUCGAAGACCCCCACGAGCCGCCCGGCCAGCCCGAGGACCACCAGCCCAUCCUCCCUGACUCCGCACUCAAGCUCUUCUUCCUCCCCGCCGCGACCACCGCCGUCACGAGCUUCUUCGGCCGGCUCGCGAAGGCCGUCGACCCGGCGGCCUCUCCCCGCGCCAGUGUCGACCAGCCCCCGACGGCCCCCGCAGAGCCUGCACCCUCGGACGACGGGCCCACCGCAGCGUCCACCGCCGAGUCCACCGCCGAGUCCACCACCGAAUCUACUGCUGAAUCCACCGCUGAAUCCACCGCCGCCGAGUCCGAGGAAGAAGAAGAGGAGGACGAGCCCGACAGCGACCCGGAAGACUCGGAGAGUCCAUGGCUGUGCGAGCUGGUCGUCCAAGCGGGGCCGGGCGACGAGCGGCGACAGCUGGUCGCCCGGCUGACGCCGCACCCGCACCACCCGAAGCUAGUCGCCCAGCUAGCCGUGCCAUGGGCCCUGGCGCCCGUCGCCCUCCUCCCGCCCACUGAGGACGAGGGCCUGGUGCUGGAGGUGGACGAGGUCAAGGACCUCGUCGCGGCCACCUGCAUGUGGCUCGUCGUCAAGGAACGCCUCGGCGGCGUCGGCAAGCGCCGCAAGGGCGACCGCGCCUGGCGCAUCUGA